AUGUUGGAAUUUGGUGGUUCACAUCCUAUAAAAGAGAUUGCAAAAGAAAUAUUUCCAGAAAGCUUUGAAAAUAAUAGUGAUAGCUUCCAUUGGGAUGAUUUUCCUAUUGAAGCUCAAGAAAUUAUAAGAGAAAAUUUGGAAUUUGGUAUAGGUUUUUAA